AUGGAAGACCAGGUCAAUCGGCUAGUCAGCAAGACGUGGGGGAAAACAACCCUAGCCAGUCUUGUUGCCUCUAAACUCAACGAUAUCCAUAACGAAAGGGCUCCAGGAUGUGCACAUACGCCGGUCGCAGCCUUUGUUCCGUUGGACGGCUAUCAUCUUUCCCGCGCACAGCUUUCUGCCAUGCCAGAUCCUUCGACAGCUCAUGCCCGCCGUGGAGCUGCUUACACGUUUGACGCAUCUGCUUUCCUUCAGCUAGUCAAGACUUUGAGGGAGCCCCUAGCUCCCGAGACGAAAGUCCACUAUGCGCCUUCAUUCGAUCAUGCCAUGAAGGACCCAGUUCACGGAGACAUUCCAAUACAUCCUACAACAAGAGUCGUUAUCUUCGAAGGCAACUACCUCAGUUUAAACAAGGGCGAUUGGAAGGAGGCUGCUGCAAUCAUGAAUGAACUCUGGUUUGUCGAAGUAGACUUCGCAAUGGCGAGGAGAAGAUUAGUUGCUAGACACUUGAAAGCGGGAAUUGCGAAGGAUGGAUCGGAGGCUGGUAGAAGAGCAGACCAUAACGAUCUGGUCAAUGGGAGAGAGAUUGUAGACGAUCGCCUGGAGGUACAAGAGGUAGUGACGAGCACGGAGGAUGUAACUUGGAGAGCAGAGGCUCAAAUGUGGGAAUGA